AUGUCAACUCCACCACCACGGCCGAUGGCCAUGGAUCCUCUCCAUAUCACCGAGUUCGCAUCGGACCGUUACUUUACGAAAUUCAACCAGCAGCAGCGGCAGCAGCAGCAGCAGAACAAUGCCGCGUCCGGUAGCAGCACAUCCGAAUCAACGACCACCACUCCCGCGUCCCCGCAACCGUUGACUACACAGUUGUCAUCGCCCUUUUUUCUUCCCUUAUCCGCGACAGCAAAAACAGCAGAGGCUGCCGACGAAAGAGAAAAUGUUGAUCUGCCAGAGCUAAAGCAAAAGAAAAGCCGCUUCCAUUUGGGACGGCUGCUUCAUUCAAAAUCGCAAACAGCAAUCCCGACAACCCCAUCAAUACCAACGCCUGCGCCCGCAACUACGAAGUCGCUUAGCACAUUGCCAGAUGCACCGACCUCAUCAAAACCAUUUGGUGUGCAGUUCUACAACCUCCCUACCGAGCUGCAAAUACAGAUCAUCGCCUCCAUGCCGCUUGCCGAUAUCCUCCAACUCCGCCUUUCCUCCAGGAACAUGCACGCAAUGGUCUCCGCAAACGAGUCUCCCAUCGUCCGCCAUCAUCUCCAACACAACGUGCCCGCCUACGCCAAGAGACUCUAUCCUCCAGACUACUCAAAGCUGGACUUCCGCUACCUAUGUGGAAUAUGGCACCGCCUUCAUGUCGCCGCUAAAUUGUCAUCCUUCAUUUGCCAGUGGGUGACAAAGGAAAUUUUCUUGCGCACAUCAGAAGCUCAGAAGCUCGAGUUCGCGCCUCAGAAUGAGAGAAUGCGCCGGAGGUUGAUCCCACUUUUGUUCACCAUAUUCCACUUCUUCGAAACGUAUCGCGCUCGCCACCUCCAAUAUAUCAUUGAUCAUGACGGGAAAGGCCUACAACAAACUCCUUAUACUAUCAACCCGAUCGAAGCCGAAGUCAUGAGCAUGUACGACGACCGGACGCUCUUGCAGGUACACCAAGUCUUUCCACUGGUUAUUGCGUCGUUUUGCCGCCGUUUGCGGCCACCAUCUUAUGUUGGCCGCGUCGAGAAGUCACUGAGAGGUUAUAUGAAAGACAAACCUCCAGACGAAGUCCAUGUCGCCACAUUGUGCAUUGGUGGCCUACGCCAAGUUGAACGCUUCUGGGAAAUUAAAGGCUACAACGUCAGACGAAACGCAGUCGAUGUUUGGUAUAACUCUGUCGCUAAGGACCCAGCGGAGUCGACUGGAAAGCCUCGUCGGGCACUACUGGGUCUCGGCCGCAAAAUGUCGUCAUUGGCGAUACGAGAUGACUCCUCCACAUCUGCAAACACCUUGGCUAAAUCGACUUCGAGUGUCUCGGGCGCAGAACGUGGCUCGAUGGAUGACGCUACGUGGGAGCGAUGCAACAACCUCAUCUUUAAUACCAGCCUUGCCGACGGCAUGCCAAUGGACCUUCUGCCUCGGGAAGAACUACGACUGUUGUUGUCAGAUCUCCCUGUCCUGCAGCAGCUGUGGCUGGUCACUGCCGAGGCACUGAUUCUGGAGCGGAAAAUAGUGGAGAAACAGUCUGACAUCCGGCGAAAUGCCCAGGUGAUGUUGGAGCUCAUCCGGGAGGAUGGCUUCGCUGAAGAGGACGAGUGGUGGUACGGCCAAGGCGCACACGAUUCUAUUCGGCCACCAUUGGACUCUAUCGAAGAAGACAUGACUGAGGACAUGACGUCGUGA